UUAAAGAGGAAGAUUUUUUAAGUGUGAAAUAAUAAAGUGGGAGGAAGAACGAGGGACUCGCAUUUCAGAAACAGAGUACGGUGGCAAUGGCAAUGGCGAUGGCGUCCUCUGCCUCUGCUUCGGACAUCGAAACCCACGGUCUUCUCGGGUCCGAAACAUUUGACCAAAGAAAGCUCCGAAAACCCAUAAAAUCCAAAACCAAAACCUCGGAACUCUCCAAAAAACAAAAAAAACAAAACAAAACAAAAAAGAAAACCCCUUUUUCCUCCUCCUCCACCACUCGUUCAAUUGUAACCGAAAACCACAAUAAUCCCCUGCUUCUCACUCACGCACACACUUUCACAAAACAGAGAGAGAAACAGAACAAAAACGAAAGCAAAAAGCUUCCGUUUCUUUUCCUUCCCACUUUUAAAACACAGCUGCUCCAUUUCCAUACUCUGUUUUUCAAGCAAAAGCUUCUCAUUAAUGGCGGAUAAUCAGUCCUUUAGUGGGGACCACCUUGGACCAACAACAGCUACCACUUUCUCUCAGCUUCUGUUUUCCUCUCAACAUGAUGAUGAAACUGAUGAUAUUGAUGUUGAUGUUGAUAAAAGUCAUCCUCUUCAUCAUCAAAUCUUUGAUUACUCUGUUUCCUCUGCUUCUGCUUCUUUCGCCAUUGAUAACCCACCCAAAAUGCUCUGUUUCGGCAGUAAAGAAGAAGACGAAGAUCAUCCACAGCUGGGUUUUAAAUCGCGUCAAAGAUCAAGCCACGCAUGCAGUGAUUCCUCUUCAACUUCUUCUGGGAAUGGCCUCAAAUCCGAUUCCAAAUUGAAAAGGAGAAAUGGGUCAAACCCAGAAACGGCAGCCAUUAAAGAAGCUUCUUUACUGAACCAGAAAGCUUCGAAAAAGACCAAAUCUGAUGCUCCCUGUUCUGCUGGACAUGCAAAGAGGAAGGAGAAAUUAGGGGAAAGAAUCACAGCACUACAACAAUUGGUUUCACCCUUUGGCAAGACAGAUACAGCAUCAGUACUUCAUGAAGCAAUGGGUUACAUCAAAUUUCUACAUGAACAAGUUCAAGUCUUGUGCAGUCCUUACUUGCAAAAAAGUCAGCUGCUUUCUUCUCAAUCAGUCAGUGGAAGAGAAAAUGGAGAAACAGAGGGGGAUCUGAAAAGCAGAGGAUUGUGUUUGAUUCCAGUGGACUGUAGCUUGCAUUUGGCUAAUUGUACAGUUGCAGACUUUUGGUCUCCAGCGAUGGCUAUGGGGAGGAAGCUUUGAGAAAUGGAAGGUUGGAUUUUGAAGUUUGAUGUGUACAAAGAAGAGGGUUUGGCUUUGUUUUUGGGUACUGUUUUUUUGACUUGUUAGCUUUUGACUUAAAUGAAUCAGAAGUAUAGCAGAAGACGUGUGAAGAAGAUGUAAAUCAACACUUCUUUUUUUGAUGGGAAAGAAAUAGAUGUGAAAAGCUGUUGCUUUCUUUUGUACUUUUUCUGUUUUCUUUUGUUCUUUUUCCUCUUUUUAGGGGUUUCAGUUAUUAAACUUGUUAUUUGGAUGAUUGGUUAAGAAUAGAAAGACAUAAGUGGCACUUCUGCUCUUUCUGGGUUGUGUUUAUUUGGGAAGGUAUAUAUACUUUUUUGAUAUGGAUAACCUUGAUUGCAGUCGUUUACCCUAGUUUUUUUAAAUAAUGAACGACUCUAUG